GACGUUGACAUUGUCAAUAGAACAAAACAAAUCAUGACGGAACUGCGAGACGAUAAUUGAAUGAACAUUCUGUAAAUCUCUUCCUUCUUCUUUUUUUUCUUUCUUUUUUCUCUCUCUCUCUUCGUCUAUCAGUUACUUCAAUACCCUAAAGGAUAAGCAGCAGAAUGGUUCACAAAUACCAGUCCCCUGUCAGGGUCUACAAAUACCCUUUUGAAUUUGUAAUGGCGGCAUAUGAGAAACGGUUUCCCACUUGCAAAAUGAUACCGGUAUUCCUUGGCAGUGACAUCAUAAGUGAUGAAACCAGUGAAGAUGGGGCCAUUCAUAUAGUUCAAAGAAGGUGUAAACUUGAUGUUGAUGCUCCCUACAUACUGAAAAAGCUUGCUAGUGUUGACUAUGUCUACUUUAUGCAACGUAACACCCUGGAUCGUCGUAACCGUACCCUGAAGAUUGAAGCAUACAACGAAAGCUUUUCAUCUAGAGUUACUGUUAAAGAGCAAUGCUUUUACUCAGUACACCCUGAAAAUCCUGACUGGACGUGUUUUGAACAGACUGCUAGUCUUGAUAUCAAAUCAUUCUUUGGAUUUGAAAGCACACUGGAAAAAAUAGCAAUGAAACAGUAUACACUUAACAUUAAAAAGGGUAAAGAAGUAAUAGAAUACUACAUCAACGAACUACUGAAGGAGAAUAUUACAUAUAUCCCACCUUGGACAGAGACCAAGACAGAAGGAAAGAGUUCUGAGGAGUGUUCAGGUUUGGCUAAAGGGAUGAAAACACUUAGCUGCCAAGAUGCUGAUGUUUGCACUACAUCUGAUGCUGCCUCUUCACUCUACAGUCAGGCAGAGGGAACAUCGAAAAAUGCUGAAGAUAAGAGAGCACAAGCUGAAGAUACUUCUAUCGAAGCUGACAAAAAGAAUAAAAAAACUGUCAAACUUGAAUGUUCUGUGAAUUCAGGAAAGCUUGAAGCAGAAUAUAUUCAACGAUGUCUUGGUCACUUAACCCCUCUUCAGGAAAGUCAACUUGUACAAUUACGGCAAUGGCUACAAGAAACGCACAAAGGAAAAAUUCCCAAAGAUGCACACAUUCUUCGCUUUUUACGAGCACGACAGUUUAAUAUUGAAAAAGCCAGAGAAAUGCUGGUUCAUUCUUUAGCUUGGCGUAAACUUCACAACAUUGAUCAUCUUCUUGAUAGUUAUCGACCAUCACAGGUCAUCCAAAAAUAUUACCCUGGUGGAUGGCACUUCUCAGACAAUGAUGGCCGUCCAAUAUAUAUACUCCGGUUAGGACAGAUGGAUGUGAAAGGUUUGAUGAAAGCAGUUGGUGAGGAAACUGUGCUGAAACACGUUAUAGCUGUAAAUGAAGAGGGUGUACAGCGAGCUGCUGCUGCCACUGAGCAACUUGGAUACCCAGUUAGUGGUUGUACUUGGAUUAUGGACUUAGAGAAUCUGAGCAUGCGACAUCUAUGGCGGCCAGGUAUAAAAGCUCUGCUAAGAAUUAUUGAAAUUGUUCAAGCCAACUAUCCAGAAACUAUGGGGCGUCUAUUAAUUGUCCGUGCCCCACGUGUAUUCCCGGUGCUCUGGACUCUAGUUAGUCCUUUUAUUGAUGAUAAUACCAGAAUGAAAUUCAUGAUUUUUGGUGGAAAUGAUUAUCAAGGUCCAGAAGGAAUAACAGAAUUCAUCAACAAAAAAUAUGUCCCUGAUUUCCUUGGUGGUGACUGUUUUGGCUGCAAAGAAGGAAGGGAUACACAGUUGGAGACCACGUGUCAUAUACCAGAUGGUGGCGUUGUUCCUAAGUCCCUAUACAUGAAAGAUGAUGAUGCUGAUAAAUCACCUGAUGAACCAACCUUUGCUACAGACAGUAUCUAUCAGACAACACAUGUUGUUAAAGAUUAUCCACAUGAGGUUUUAAUCCAAGUACCCCAGAAGAACUCAGUUAUCACAUGGGACUUUGAUAUCUUGAAAGGUGACAUUACUUUCACUGUGUUCCGGUGUAUGAAGCAGUUACAUGAACCCAUUCACACUCACCAUGUAACAGGAGCAACGGCAGGUAUUGGUUCCGUGCAGUACAUUGAGAAAUCGAUGGCUGUUGGUGCUGAGUUGAGCAUUGUUGAGCCCCCUCAUAUAUGUCGUGAUGGUGAUAGUAUACAGGGAUCCAUAGUAACAGGUCAACCUGGAAGUUAUAUCUUACAGUGGAAACAUUUUGAUUCAGCUAAACCUUCAUUUGACUUCCCGCUCUCUUCACACAAGUCCAAAGUCAUGUAUUAUACUGAACUGCUGAAGUCAGAAGCUUUCAAGGGCUCCAUGAGCAGCCUUCAAUCCUUUCAAAGUAGCAUUUCUUCUCUGAGCAUUGGAACUAAUCAGAGCAGCCAAUCGGGCCUGAGUAGCUGUCCGUCCAGAUCUUUGAAAUGACAUCAGGAAAUGGAAUUGCCCAGCUGAUUUUAGAUUUCCAAUUUACUCCAAAAGAGACAAGGAAACUUUGUAAAUUGUAACAGAUGGCUUGGAAAUGUCUUUUGUUAUAAAUUUCCAGACAAAAACUAUUACCUUCUGAAAUAUGCAAAUCAAAAUGAUGAACUGAAAGCAUCUUCAAAAGCUUCUAUUUGGUGAUAGGCAGCCACAUUUAAACCAAUUCUGUUGUUUGUGCUCAUGUACUAUUUAGCCUAGCAUCAAAAAAGAAAACAAAAUCAAUGCAGAAAGGACUACAUCUGAUUUUAAGUUGUUGAAGGUUAAUUCUGCUUAAUAUGUUUAUUGUUAAUACAGUUGGUGCCAUUGAAAUACCAUCAGUUACCUAUAUUGGAUCGGUGAUGCAGGCAGGCUUUAGGUCUUCUGAUUAAAGUUUGCUGCUGCUUUGAUAGACAAUGGCAAUACAUUAUUACAAAACGUAUGUAUAUUCUAUACAACAAACAAAAAUACACUGUAUUUAUGUUGUGUGUGUAUACAUUAUGUAUAUAAAACCAUGUAUGGAUGUUUAUAGGUGAAUAUGAAGGUUAAUUCUACGUUUGACAUAAUUUAAUAAUAGAGACAUAUGUAAAGUUACACAACCAUUGUAAGAUGCUGCGUGUGUGUUUGCAUAUGUUUAUAUUUAUUUAAAGAAUCUCAAGAACAUAUCACUCAAGAAUCUCAACACACUUCAAACCAUCUCUAAUCCAGAUCAUUUUAUCAUACCUCACACCUUAGAAAUGGCAACGGCAUAAUCUCAUACUCAGGUAACACACACACAUGCAUCAACAUAAUAUUAGGAGGCUUCUAAUUCAACAGGUUUGGUAAAGCCAAUCAUUCUCCAAGCUAUAUCCAUAGCAGGAUUUGAACAAAAUACUUUUAAUCAAUAGUUGAGAUUGUUGAUUUCUCACACUUGCCUUCUUCAUAUUCUGUCAUUAAACAAACAAAUAAGUAAUUCAUACUUACCUUUUGAAGCCCAGAUACAGUUAAAGGAAAGCUCACGGGAAACUGAUAGACAUUAUUUCCAGAAAUGCUGGACAAAUAAUUCCAAAUGCCCAGUCUUCAAUGCUAAUAGUAAGAUGUUACUGCAAGUCAAUAAACUACAUGUCAGUUAUGUCCCCUUUAUUUAUACAGCUAACCUUACCUUCUCUCUAUUGCUUAUUUACUGCUAGGACUGGGCCAUUUGUGAUACUACACGAAUCAUCAACAAUUCAAUUGGCAGCCUGAAGUCUUAGCAAUUCAUGCUGCUACAUCUCUUAUUUAAACAUUUGCAUUUAAGAAGAUAUAUAUUUAUUUACAUCUCAAAAUAGUAUGGUAAAUCAAGUCAAUUGCUUAAUUUUCAUAAUCAGAAAUAACCACUAAUAAAUAUUUUAUGUGAUUGAAAUCAUGAGAAGGAAAGAAAUGAGAAGAGCUAUUUAUGCAGUCAUCUAUAUAUAUAUAUAUAUAUCUCAAAGGCAAAUAAGAACAGAUAUUACUUCUGUAUUCAAAUGUGUGUGUGUGCAUGUUGGUGUAUUUGAAAACCAUGUAAUAUUUGAUUGCAGAUGAUAUCAAUAUUUCUGAUAACAGUAUUAUGCUAGCUAGAUUAUGAUCUGCAAUUGUAAUAUUCAUAUUUUUCCAUACUUCAGCUCAUCAUAUCCUCUAUGUACCAUCAUUACAUAUCCAUUGAAUGUUAAUGAAAAUCAUCUUUUAUAGAAGUGGAAAUAUAGUUUUCAUAUAUUUUCUUCCGGAAUUGAAAUUAUCUUGCAUAUAUACAAGAAACUCUGAGGUUGUGAGUACUGGACUACUGACUACAUGGUCCCAAGUUCAAACCACAUGAUAGCCAACAUGUGACCCCUGAGAAGGUCACCUAACUGCUGGUUUCAGUCUGCUGACAGACACAAUCUAAUCACAUCAACUCCACAGUUGUAGUGAUUAACAGUUGAAAGACAUUCUACUGUAAAUAUAAAGUAUACAUUUGUAUGUAGCAGAGAGAGAGAGAGAGAAAGAGAAAGAGGGAGAGUGUGUGUGGGUGUGUAGUGCAAGAGCUAGUAGCAUGUAGAGUGACUGGUAGUGUGGAGUGAAGUGACCAGUAGUGUGCAGUGGACAGUGCUUCUGUGUACAGGUGGGACAUCUUUGAAUGUGUGGUGAUGGAUAUGUUAGCAUACCAUAUCUAGGCCGUUGGACAAUUGUUUAAUAUAUUGUGACAAAGCUGUGGUGACAUAGUAGGCAGGCUAUUUUAGUAUUUUAGUAUGUGUUUUUUUUAUCCGGUGACAACCAAGCCUUGUAUAUUCCCUCGCCAAAUAUAUCACUAUUUUUGUUGUCAUUAUCAUUAAUAAUAUUAGAGCAAUGGCGAAGACUGAGGAAGUAGAACCAGAUUUCAUGUUUUACUGCAUUUAGUUUCAUUUCUCUCAGUUCUGAGGCUGACUUGGCCUUUUAUUCUCACAGGAUUGAUAAAAUAAGUACCAGUAAUAUGCUAUAUCAAUUCAACUGACUUUACCCAACCCUUUUUAAAAAUUGGCCUUGUACCUAGU